CCUACCUAGCGUUUUAAUCUUGUGCUAAGUUGUUAGCCUUUGGUUUUUGUGGAAGCCAAAGCGAUCCCCCUCUGUACCACCGCAGUUGGUAGAAUAACCAGUGCCUGGGUUGAUCGAUACCCAAUUACCGGAUUGAUCAAAGAAAUUAUGGGUGGUGGAAGAGCGGAGGCGCAGUAUGUUACGGCGAAGACCUCGGUGUGGUGGGAUAUAGAGAAUUGCCAGGUACCCAGAGAAUGCGACCCACAUGCCAUAGCUCAGAACAUAAGCUCUGCUUUGGCGAAGAUGAAUUAUUGUGGGCCGGUUUCUAUUUCUGCCUAUGGGGAUACCAAUCGGAUUAACUCAGCUGUCCAGCAGGCUCUGUCUAGUACCGGCAUCGCACUCAAUCACGUUCCCGCUGGCGUUAAAGAUGCCAGUGACAAGAAGAUUCUCGUGGAUAUGUUGUUCUGGGCAGUGGACAAUCCUGCUCCUGCUAAUUAUUUGUUAAUUUCUGGUGAUCGGGAUUUUUCUAAUGCUCUCCAUCAGUUGCGGAUGAGGAGAUACAAUAUUCUUCUAGCACAGCCACAAAGAGCAUCCGCACCCCUCAUUGCAGCAGCUAGGAAUGUAUGGCUUUGGACAAGUCUUCUCGCCGGUGGACCGCCACUAUCAGAUGGUGAAUCACAACAACUUGGUAAUAAUAUUUUUACAUCUGGCUUAGACACUUUACAGAUUCCAGUUUCGGAUGCCAUUCACAUAAAGCAACCAGUGGAUAUGUAUCCUGAAAAUUCCACUAUGGGAAAUCAGAGAACUCCUUACACAACUAAACAGAAAGGGAAAACCACCCGAAGAAAUUUGAACCAAUCAAAUGGAUCAAAAACAUCAAAUAUGCCUGUCUGGACCCAAGAAGAUCCGCAUAAUUCAAACUCUUACCAACCUGGUCCUACUGUCCCAAAAGGUCCCCUAAAUAUACCUCCUCCAGAUUUUUUUCAUGGAAAUCCUAACUUUACUCGGAAUGAGCUCACUCAUGUUCAUGGCAACCAUCAAAAUCAAUAUCCGCAACCAUUAAGGCCAAAUGUUCCAGCUAUGCAACUUGAUUUUACAGCAGGUAGUUUGUACCCACCUAAUAUUCAAACCCAUGCUCCUCCUCUGAUGCCUGCUAGGCCAAAUGGGACUACCUUUACCUCAUCGCCAAAUACAAAUGUGCCUGAUAUUGGUAAUUUGAACAUUUCUGCAUACUCAACCAGCUUUCACAACCCUCCAACUCCUCAAAGACGAGGUGGAGAGCCAAAGCAUGAUCCAAAGAAAAAAGCUUCAAAGUCUGUUAACUUAAGUAACUCACAAAAUGGAUAUGUGCCACAGAACAUGCCAUCAGGAUACCACGAGACACCAAAAAGGUACCCUGUUUACCCAGAAUAUCCACCAUCUUCAUCAGCGACAGAAACAGCAGCUACUGAUGUUGCUUCUGCUAAUAUUAUAUGGGGGAGUCUAGGAUGCCCCAAACCUCCAAUAUAUGUUCAAGGCCUUAUAGGAGUUAUGUUACUUGCUUUGAACACCCUUAAAAGUGAGAAGCUAAUGCCAACUGAAGCUAAUAUAGUUGAUUGCAUUCGAUAUGGAGAUCCCAAGCAUCGCAAUACUGACAUUAAGAAGGCUCUUGAGAGUGCUAUUGAGCAGCAGAUGAUUGUGAAGCAGAACUUAGGAGCUGUGCAGUUGUAUGUUGGUAAGAAUGAGAAACUCUGGAAAUGUGUGAACCCUAUAGGUGGCAAUCCUAAUUCAUAUCGAAAAGCAACGUGGGAUGAAAUUCAGAAAUAUCUGGCAUCUCCUGCUGGGCGAUCUGCAAUUCUAUCUUCUCAGUGCAGGUAUGAAGCUGCUACUAUUUUAAAGAGCAUGUGCUUGAAAGAUUUUGCUUUGGGUAAUGUACUUCAGAUCUUAAACAUGGUAAUAGACAUAAAGAAAUGGAUUAUACACCAUCAUUCUGGGUGGCAACCACUUACUAUUACUCUUGCAGAGGCCAAUACUGAUUCAGGGUCUGACAUUAGAGAAUGCUCUUCUUCCUUACAAUCUGAUAGUUGGUGGUAAUGGUGUGAGUUGAUUUCUGGUGGAAGAACAAGUGUGUAGGAAUAGUUAUUUUAAUUUCUUAUUCAUGGGAAAGGUCUUAACUUUUUCCUCUAGGACAAUAUUUAAAGAAGUGCUCGGACAAUCUUAAAUGCGACGUUAUGCCUUACAAUUUUCAGAGGUUGCACAGCCCAAUUUACUGGCCUUUUGCAUCUUGGGAACCCUUCAAUGUGUAGUUAUUUCAACAGUGGUCUUCAUUGAGAUUUUGGUGCUGUGGGGGGGUCUGGAUGCACAAACUCAUAGGUCCCAAAAUGUAGCUGGGGAAAGAAGGUGCUUGCUUGCCCCAGCUGCAUUUUGGGUUUGUGCGCCCUGCAGUGCCAAACGGGCUGUAGAAGGGUUUUGCUGGGGUUUGCUUUUAUUAGGAUAGAAUUGUUACAUGCUUUCAGAACAAGCCAUCCAAACAUUGGAAGAAAGAUAUAUCACAAUGUGGAUUUUUAGCUAGCUAUUUGGCCACCCGCUAGCAUCUUUAUGUGUUGCACUAAGAGGGAUUAAUUCCAUAUUUUUUACCUCAAGCCAGCAAUGGAGUUGGUGCACAAAAUGUAUCCAAGCUGUAUGUGAUGGAAAGUCUGAAAUUGGUUAUAUGCUUAAAGAUGAGGCUGGAAACAUAUUGGUUUUAUGCCCAAAGAUGAGGCUGGAAACAUAACAGCAUGUCUGAAACAGAAGAAGCAAGUUAUUGAUGGAAAAAGAAUCAAUUUAUUCCAAAUCUAAGAAAUUGUUUGUAGUUGGGAACUUUCUGCAGGAAGACUAUAUGUCCCCAACCUCAAUGAUGAUAUCCAAUGAAAGAAGUAAAACGAGAAUGAGAAAACUGAACAGCAAAUGAUGGCUUGCGCUGUGGAGUUAAGAUGCUUGGAUCAUGUUUGUCUAAGUGUGGAUUAAUUUGGCCAUUGAGAAGGUGAUGUUCUUGUAACUUCUUUGGUAAUCAGAACUUUUAUUUUUGGGAAUAAUUAUAUGUUAAACCGCUAUUGUCUGAGCCAAGAAUGUGAAUUGAGGAGUUGUAACGUAAUUUUGUGUUAAACCGCUAUCAUACGAGCCAAGCAUGUGAACUGAGGAGUUGUAACAAAAUUUAGUGUGUCUGCGACACUACUAGUUUUGUAUGGAAUAUGUUGUGUAUGCUUGCUGUAUUCUAUAAGCUUGUUUUAUACCAGAAAUGGAUUCUCUCUCUUUUCUCCUGA